AAUGCAUCAACAUCAACAAUCAUUAUUUAAUCAUAUAAAAAUAUCUGGCUUUUAAAAAAAAAUAUUUUUUAUAAAUUUAUUUUAUAACUUAUUUAUGAUUUGAAAAAUUUUAAACUUUAACGAGGGAUUUAUUUAAAUUUUACCAAAAAUGAGUGACGAUAAAGGAUGCCAGAUAUUUAAUUUAGAUCCCGAAAGUGAAUUACGUUUUGAGGUUAAACAAAAAAAUGAAAAAGUAAUACUAGAGCUCAAGAAUGGAUUAGCUGAAGUAUUCGGAGCAGAAUUAAUAAAGGGAAGAAAAUAUGAGUUUGGUUUUGGAUUUAAAAUUGGUGUGUUUACAUGGCAAGGGUGUACAAUUGAGUUGACUGGAAACACAAUUCCAGAAGUAGCGAAACAAACUCCAAUGGGUCUUUAUUUAAACUGUCAUGCCGCCAUGGAACGAAUGCGGGAAUCCGCUGAAAAAAAUAAUACUGCUGGACCAAUUAUCAUGAUUGCUGGACCAAUGGAUGUGGGUAAAUCAACUUUAACUAAAAUUUUAUUGAAUUACGCCGCAAGGAUGGGAAGAAAACCCAUUUAUGUUGACCUGGAUGUUGGUCAAGGACAGAUAACAAUUCCGGGUAUAAUCGGAGCGCUGUCAAUUGAUAAACCAUCGGAUAUCAUUGAUGGGUUCAACAGCCAGGGAUCUGUUGCUUUUCAUUUCGGUUAUAAAGGGCCUGGUUCCAAUAUUUUGUUGUACAAUCAUCUGGUUUCGAGGAUCGCUGAGGUCUGUUCCGACCGUAUGGAGACAAAUAAAAAAGACAAAGCAUCGGGAAUAAUUAUAAAUACUUGCGGAUGGAUACAUGGUACUGGUUAUAAAAUACUGACUCAUGUUGCUCAGGCAUUUGAAGUUGAUGCUAUUAUUGUUUUGGAUCAUGAAAAAUUAUAUAACGCGCUAGUUAAAGAUAUCCCAGACUUUGUUAAAGUCGUUUUACUGCCUAAAAGCCAUGGAGUUGUUAAUAGAGAUACUCCACAGAGAAUAACAUCAAGAAAUAUGCGGAUCAGUGAGUAUUAUUAUGGCACUAAAAAAUUAUUGACUCCUCACACCUUCGAUGUAAAGUGGAGUGACGUUAGGAUAUUUAACGUUGGUACUCCAGCCACUGGUGGUUCAACUGUACCAGUAACGUCUAAAAGUAAAGCCAUUAAAUUAAUUCCUGUGACACCUGGACCUAAUUUAAAGCACCACAUGCUGUCUAUUUCACUAGCUGAUCCUGCAAAAGACGAUAUCGUGCAAACGAAUAUAGCUGGUUUUGUUUGCAUAACAAAUGUGGACGUUGGAAGACGAACUUUUACACUUCUCAGUCCUUUACCAGGGCCGCUGCCAAAUAACGUUUUACUUCUUUCUGAUAUUACAUUUUCGGGGAAUAAGUAAUUAUAAUAAUAAAUUAACUUAACUAAAAUUGUAAAUAAUUAAUAUUUAUUUUUUAAAAUUAUUUUCGCACAUGCUAAUGUAAAUAUAUUUUUAAUGUAAUUGAUCAUUGAAUGCUGACGUAUGUUGAAUGAAAUAUUAGAUAUACAUUAUUAAUUAAUUUGUAAUUUAAUA